AUGGCUACAGAUUUAACUACGAGCGUACUUCAGAGUGACAUAGAAAAGGGUCAGGUCGAUCCUGGUAGCACUCGCAUGACCAAUUAUGUACGAGAUAUCACUUGGAGAGUCAUUCCCCUCUGUGUUGGAUUUCUCAUUAUUCUCUCCGCUGGUGCUACUCUUGUUAUAACCCUUAUGUAUAAUAAGGCGCUGCCACAUAAGGAAACAACUGUGGUAUCUAUAAUGCUCAUUGCAUUUAUCAUUCUUUUCUGUAUAGGCCGAGCAUUUAUCUAUCACAGAAAACAUUACCCACCCCUGACAAAAGGACCCAACGCCCCAGAUCGCCCACCCCCAAAGAAUAAAACUUGGAAAGAUAGGGCAAGUGUAAUUGGCACUUUGACGAUAGGCAAGUUUAAACUCGGCAAGAUUUAUCAUCUUCAUCAUCACGAAAUCGAACCCGAAACAAAUCCCCAAGGAAUCCCGGACAAACCUACUGAGCUCUCAGGCUCGCCUCAUGGGCAAGACGCUCCCAAGCAACCGAAUAACGUACGAUCGUCUAAUACAACCAAGAGCCAGGAUCCUACAGGCUAUGGGAUGAGAGAUAAGAAUGAAUUUUUACAACUGAACAAGAAACCCGUGCGACGAAUUCCUAUCCCAGGACAUAAUCAUCAUAAUCCUCGUCACCACUCAUACACACCUUCAGAAGAUAAAAUACCCGAAGUACCUGAAGAAGAUGAACAGGAUGACACCGAAAAUGAUAUGAGAACACCAGUUUCAAGGCAUUCAAAUACAAGAAAUAAACGCACAGCUGUUAACGCUGAUGGAGUAAGUCCAAUGAGCCGCAACUCGGGGAAAAGUUACUCGCCCUAUUCACCAAAUGUCCAAAUGACAGGUGCAAAUAGAAAUCUAGUCACACGCAACGAGUCUCCAAAGUCUCCACAAAGUUUUCAUAUGCCUGAAACUAAGAGAACAUCGCGUGAAUAUCCUAUAGAAGCGUUGCAACCACCGCCGCGAAGUGUUCACCUAAAUGUAGAUAAAUCCGAACCUCUUGCAAAUCUAGUGCGCAUUCCGCAUAGCAUCAACGAUCGAGCCUUUACUGAGGCGCUUCCCGACAAUUAUCUUUACAUAAUCGACAACCAGCCAAGCGGGCCAGAUGACGGGUCACAAGUGGCUCAAUCUGGGUGUAGAUGCGAAUGUAAAUACAACGGCGUAAAGAGACCAAUAAGUCAGGUAUCUGAACCGAAGACGGAUGGAAAAGCAAUCCACGUAGACGCACCUAGAAUAUCGAGUAUAGAAACCACCGCUCCCAAAGUCUCAAAGGUUCGGGAGUAUCGAAAUACAGGAGACUCGUCAGAGGAAGAAAACAUAUUCCAAACAACCCACCCAUCAUCAACAACUCGCCGUCGUCGCGCCGAAUCCCGACGCCACGAAACGGACUUAAAGAGACACACAACCUCCCACCAAGAGAAAGACAAUCCAUCCAAGCCCUCAAAUAGCCACAUGGAAUUCCCCAACCAACCCCCGUCCCCCAAACUCCCUUCCGCACCACCCAAGACCAAGCCACCCCCAAGCCGCAGAGACCCAGAGUCCCCAAGAAUCCAAGCAGACCGGCGAAGACACCAGUAUUACACCGCGCACAACUACUUCCGCAGCGGCAAAGAAGCGCAUAGAAGGCCGUUAAACCGAACUUGGGGCCGGCAGCAGAUCCCGAAGAGAAGGGGACAUAGAGCGAAUACUAUAACAGAAGGAUACACAAAUAAGCAGCAAAGCCCGCUAAAAUUCGUAGAGAAAGAAGCGCUGGACAUCCGUCCGGGAACCGGUUUGCGAAACCCUGAACGAGAUUCGCGCCAGACGCUCUGGGUGCCGCCGCGCGGGAGUAGUAGAGGGUUUUCCGACAUCUACGGGACCGCCAGCAGGACGGCAUCCGAUGGGGAUAACAGCAGCGAAUCAUCCGACUAUCGACAAUUCGAGUGAUGCACAAUAUAAAAAACCGCAGACAAGAAGGUAUAUCGAGAUUUGACAUGGCUUUGAGAGAGGGUAGUUGGAUAUUAGGCGGUAUAGCUAAAAAGAGGGUAGAUUUAUCUACGUCUAGAAAUCGUAGCCUCCGU